AUGAUUCAAGAGCAGGAACAGGAGAAGCUGCUAGAGGAGGCCUCGGCAGUUGUCAGAGAGCAAGGCUGUUACAUGAAGCGAGCCAUCGAUAAUGACAACCUGAGAGAUGCCUUAAAACAUGCUUCCAACUUUGUCAGUGAACUGCGGACGUCUCUGUUGUCGCCGAAGCAUUACUACGAGCUGUACAUGCUGGCGUUUCAAGAGUUGCAGCAUUUGCUGGCUUUUUUCAGUGACAAGUCUCGGCACGGUCGUCGCUUUUCAGAUUUGUACGAGACAGUGCAACAUGCAGGAAAUAUAAUUCCUCGUUUGUAUCUGCUCAUUACAGUUGGGGUUGCCUUCAUAAAAUCAAAAGAAGCUCCUGCAGCAGAUAUUCUCAGAGAUUUAACAGAACUCUCGAAGGGAGUUCAACACCCCAUGCGCGGCCUCUUCCUUCGUUUCUAUCUCAUUCAACUCUGCAGAGAUGUUCUCCCAGAUAAAGGGUCCGAUUAUGAAGUGGAGGGGGUUUCGGGUCCGGAUGAUGCAUUUUUGUUUUUGCUGACGAAUUUCAACGAGAGCGCCCGUCUAUGGGUGCGGCUGCAGCAGCAGAGCAGCUUGAGAGACAAAGUGAAGAAAGAAAAAGAGAGAAAAGAUUUAAAAGUUCUGGUUGGGUCUGCUCUCGUUCGCAUGGCGCAGCUAGAAGGCAUGACUGCUGAGUUUUAUAGAACCCAAGCACUCCCAGCCAUUCUCCAGCAGAUACUGGGAUGUAAAGACGUCUUAGCGCAGCAGUAUUUAUUAGAUUGCAUAGUGCAGGUGUUUUCGGAUGAAUGCCAUUUGCAAACGCUGGAUAUUUUCUUAGAGCAAACAAAACAUGUUCAGAAAGGAGUUGCACUGAAGCCAGUGUUAACGAAUCUUCUUAGACGGCUUACGAGCUUCCUCCAGGCGAACCCAGAGGCAUUGCCUGAGGAUAUUUCUCUGUUUGAUUUGUUUGCGAAUUUCAUUCGCUCGCAAAUUGAAGAGACAAUUAACUCGCAUUCAACAGCAGGGCAGCAAACGCCUUCUAGUGCUUCUUCUGGGGGGGCGAUGAGCGUUUCAUGCUUGCUGGCAUUGCAAGAAGUCUUUCAGAGUUUUUGUUUGUCUUUGUUCCCCUCGCGUGUGGAUUAUAUAUCUCUUAUUCUUGAUGAUGCAUUUAGACUAUUAGCAGCAACUUGCCAGCGGCCUUCUGCAGCAGCAGCAGCAGCAGCAGCUGCAGCAGCAGCCGCAGCAGGCAGCAGAUCGCCUCCAAGCCUUUCCAAGCUGCACAGCCCCUCAGCUGCAUGCAACGACGGUAGCUUUUCUUCUGGUGGAGCAGCAGCAGCAGCAGCAGCCGCUGCAGCAGCAGCAGCAGCAGCUGCUGCUGCUGCUUCUCCUGAAUCCAGCAUGCGGCUGCAGCUGCUACCUGAAGAGGGAAUGGAAGCUGUUUGCUCGUUGCUAACGAACCCACUAAACGUAUUAUCUCUCCAGGCCCUCAACAUUGCCAGCUACUCCCCUCUGUUGGAGUUCUUAGACGCAAACACCAGAUAUCAAGUUGCGGAUAGCAUGGUAGCUGCAGUAAUAGCUGCAGGUCUUCCCCUGGAUUCUGCUGCUUUAUUUAAUCAUUUCCUUAUGCUGGUUUCCCCUUUAAUUGAAAAAGAAGAAAAAAUAAAAGGCGGAGAUGAUGAAGGUGAUGCAGGGGAAGAUGAUACGCAUGCAGUGGCAGCAGCAGCCGCAGCAGCAGCAGCAGCAGCAAAACAUCUCCACCAACUUGCUAUGCUUGUUCAUCUCUCCAAAGCUGCAGACACUGAUGAACAAUUUCAAAUUCUUCUCGCUGCAAAAAAUGCAUUCUCCGGAGGAGGAGCACUGCAGCAACGGGUGCUGCUGCCCCCUUUGGCUGUUGCUGCAUGCCGUUUGCUGCCUCUUGUGCUGGAACGUCAAUCUCUUUCUGAGCAAAGAUUAGAGAAGUCUCCUGUUUAUGGAGGGAAGCGUGUUUGUCAGUUUUUGCAUUCUGUUUGUCUUCAACUUGUUCCUGUAGAGCCGGAGAUAGCCUUUCGCUUGCUGCUGCUAGCAGCUGUAGCAACAGAAAAAGCAAAUAUAACUGCAGGGGGUUAUGCAGCUAUUUGCGAAGAAUUUGCUUCCCAGGCUUUAGUUUGUUUUCAAGAAGAAAUAACAGACAGCAAAAAACAAUUCGCUGCUCUCACUGAGAUGGUUGGCUGUUUUUCAGGAUAUAUUCGCAGUUUAGAUCCGGAGAAUUUCGCUGUUGUUUGUUCAUGUUUUUUAGAUCCGGAGAAUUUCGCUUCGCUUGCAGCGAAAAUGACGCAGCACGGAGCGAAGCUACUAAAAAGAGCAGAUCAGUGCAGAGCUGUUCUUUCUUGUUCUCAUUUGUAUUGGAAUGCAGUGACAGCGGACUUCAUACAAAAUCUCCUUGCCCUCUGCGUAGAGCACUGCAAAUUUGCAGAGAUAGACAAGGAUGACGACGUCAUGAGAAGCUUCCGCAACACUUUACAGCACCUCAAGCUGAAGAAGCAAACGGACCCGAGCAAUCGAUAUAAAAGCCUGGAUCUGUCGUUUGAGCUAUGA